AUGUCCGACCAGGUUCAAGAGAUCCUCGAGGUUCCCUCCGAGUUCGUCAAGGACGGAGUUCAAUUCGUGCGACGAUGCACCAAGCCUGACCAGAAGGAGUUCCUACGCCUCUGCCAGGCUGUUGGCGUUGGUUUCCUCAUCAUGGGCGCUGUUGGCUACGUUGUCAAGCUGGUGCACAUCCCCCUCAACCACGCUCUCGUCGGUAGCGCAUAA